CUUCCUCAUAAUAAUAAUAAUAAUAAUUAUUAUUAUUAUUAUUAUUAUUUUUGUAUUAAUUAUUCUUUUCUACUUAAACACACCAUUGAGAACCGACUCAUAAAGAUGGUGAACUCCUACUCUUUUUCCUCUCCUCAUUCCGUCUCUUAAUUUCUGCAGAUUCAGAGAAAAGAGAGAAACAGAUCCAAUGUUUGUCUGAGUUUUUCUUUGAGGGUUUUGUUGGAAUCACUCAUUCAAGACGGACCCAUGAACUGGUUGUUGUCCUUUUUGCUUCAAUGGAUUCAAAAUCUCGUCUUUCGUGUGAAUUUCUUCAGUUUUGAGUUUUGUUCCGACGAUUCUUAGGAUCUGGGAGAGUAAAAAGAUUUGAAAGAACUUACCAUUUAUAAGUUUCUGCCAUUUUACUCCCCUGUUUCCCCGUUUUAAAAACCCAACCUUUCCUCGAGUUUCUAGGGUUUCAGUUCGAAAGCUCCAAUCUUUACUUCUACAGAACACGACUCCAAUCCCUCGUUCAAUCUCUAGGUUUAUUGAAACCAACAGCAAAUUUCCUCAUUUAGUUCCCAUGUCGGGCAAUCAUCAUCAACAAGACGGGAUGGGAGACGAUUUCUUUGAACAGAUACUGGCCGUACCACCUGGCUACGGCGGCGGCGGCGGAGGAGAAAUCGGCGGUACCUCCUCCUCUUCCUCCAUGCCCAUGAUGCUUCAGCUCGGGUCCGCCGGCGGAGGAGUCGACGGUGGCGGUGGAUUCAGGGGACUGAGUAUGGGGUCCAUGAUGGGCCUUGGAUUAAACUUGGAACAUCAUGGGUUUCUCAGGCCUGCUGAUAACAGUAACGACACUGACAAUGCUGCUCCUACAGUCGCUUCAAUCAAUGGGAGAGAGUCUCUGCAUAUGGCGGGGCUUUUUCCGGCGUUCGGACAGCUACAAGCUCCGACGGUCCGGCCGACGGGUCCGUCGCAUCUGCCACCGGGUCCGCCGCAGCUCCACCAGAUGCAACGUUUUCACGGCCAACCUCCGCCGGGAACCGUCCCACCGGCGCUGAAUCCACCGACGAUUCGUCCACGUGUACGGGCGAGACGUGGGCAAGCUACUGAUCCUCACAGCAUAGCUGAAAGGUUACGUAGAGAACGCAUCGCAGAGAGAAUGAAAGCAUUGCAGGAGUUGGUUCCUACCUGUAAUAAGACGGAUCGAGCGGCUAUGCUCGACGAUAUCGUGGAUUACGUCAAGUUUCUUCGUCUCCAAGUAAAGGUCUUGAGCAUGAGCAGAUUGGGCGCAACAGGAGCGGUUGCUCAGCUCGUUGCCGAUGUUCCAUUACCGUCGGUGGAGGGGGACGACGGUGGAACAAGCGAACCGGCGUGGGAGAGAUGGUCGAACGAUGGAACGGAAGAGCAGGUAGCGAAGUUGAUGGAAGAAGACGUCGGAGCAGCGAUGCAAUUCCUUCAGUCGAAAGCAUUAUGCAUAAUGCCUGUAUCGUUAGCCUCUGCGAUUUUCAGUACGCAUCCGCAACCUUCUUCUGAUCAACCUCCGAUGAUCCCCAAACCCGAGAUGAACAACCCUCCGUAGCCUCCGGAAACUAGAAAAGAAGAAGAAAGGACUUCUGGUUUAAGAAUAUAAACAGACGGGAUAUAUAUGUAAUAUUUGAAAAUGUAAGGGGCCGGGACAAAAAAGAAGAGGAAAAAGGAGGCGGGGAAGUUUUUCGUUCUGGAUUUUUUUUUAAUGGAAAUUCGAAUUUAUUUAUGUUGAAUAUUUGGUGAUAUAUAUUGGUAUAAUAAUAUAAUGGCAUUAUUUA